GUUGCUCUGCGGUGGCGCCUUCUGGGCUUCGGUUGGCCCCUCCGUCGAGAGGUUCCUCUGCCGUUUCCCAGCGGUCCCUUUUCAGAGAGAAAAAACUGACAGCAUUGUGAAGUACCCAUGCGUGUUAUGGAUGUUACCCGUCUGCUUCGGCAACUGCGGCAGUGUUUGCAAUUUUUCCUUAACUGAUCAGGUGCACCUUUAUGUUAAGCGGGGUUAGGUCAAGUAGUGUUGCUCUGUGAUGUGUUAUUUUAGGGUGCCAAUUAAUCCUCAUAAGGAUUGGUGGUUCCACAAUGUUCAACAUGUUCUGUAGUCGACGCUUAAACGUUCCAGUUCAAACUAUAUCUUCUCUUGGACAGCUGUGUAUUGUAGAGCCAGUUUGUGUGUCAUACGUACUGUUUCUGUGGGAACGAUUAGCACUGAACUGUAAUAAAGUACAACCGUUCAACGUCGAUUAGCGCAUUAAAAGAAAGAUCUUCCGCUUAUUACGUUUUUGAAGAUCCUGGCGGGAAUUGGAUCAACCCAUCAUCGUAGCAAUCGUUGCCAUGACCUCAGCUCAUUGAUGUGUUUCUGCUGUCGAGGAAAUAGCGAAGGAAAAAUAGAAUUUACAGAAGUGAAUUAGUUGACUUAGAAAAAUGCCAGUAAUUAUAUGCCUUCCAUUAAUGGAAUUCUUUUAUGGCCAACAGGUGCCUAAAUAACUGAUGAAUAAUUGGCACGUGUAAGUAAACAUGUGCAAAUCGCAAUGCAGCUGGUUCCCAUACGCCAUUUGUUUAUCUGACAUAGUACAUAUUUGUUGGAUCAUAAUACCAGCGGGGAGUGAGAAACUUUCUAUUACAAAUACAAGUAUGAUAAUGGUAAUAGUAAUUAAACCGUUAAGUGGAUAUCAUCGUUGACGGCUGGAAUCUAGCCUUUUUGCUUAAAAGGAAAAGAAGAUAGGAUUUUCAGCCGACACUAAUUUCCAGGUUCUGCUAAUUCGAUAAAAUAACCAAACAUUUUUCAUAUUUGUAUGUUAAGUAGUAUUUCUGUCUAAUCAAUAUCGCACAAUAGUAAUAAAAGAUAGACAGAAGGUUCUAACAGAGCUCAAAAGACAUAUCUCCUACAAUGACAACUAGAAAUAUACAAAAUAGAAGUGUCGUCUGAUCUUCGACAAAAACAAAUCGAGAAAAAGAGAUAAAACACGCAUGUUUAGCUAGAACUACGGAUUACGUGACUAUUCCAUCAAUAAGUUGGACCAAUAAAUGUGGACGGUGGCACUUAGAAUACAGAUGCUCGAUAGACUACCGUUCAGACUAGAAAAGCUCAGCUUCAAAGGAUAAUAUCAUCUCUCAGCAUACCUCUACUGAGACAAACAGAGUCGCGAAACGUCACAGCUGGAAUUAAAUGGCUGAUUAGCGCAUCGACCUUUUUACAGUGAAGACGCACUCAUCAAGAUGUCGGAAAAGGUAGAGGUCAUCUUCGAAGAGGUGUAUCACGUCUACGAGACCACAGAAAAGGGCUCCUGUUGGGUGCAGCGGCGAUGCGUGCACCGUGAGACAGGUCGACAAUUUUCUGUAAAAAUUGUUGAUGUUGCUAAGAUUGCUACUUCUGCAUCGUUAGAUAUUGAAGAUAUAAAAAGAGAGGCAACUAUUUGCCACUCGUUGAAACAUUCACACAUCGUCGAAUUGCUGGAGACGUAUAGUUCCGAGGGAAUACUUUAUAUGGUGUUUGAAUUUAUGGAAGGAUCCGAUCUUUUCAUGGAAGUUGUUUCGCGAGCCUGUGCUGGUUUUGUAUAUUCGGAGACCGUAGCGUCGUACUAUAUGCGACAGAUCCUGUCGGCAGUUCGUUACUGUCAUCAGAGAGACGUUAUUCAUCGAGACAUUCGACCACACUGUGUCCUUCUUGCUACAAAAGAUACAUCAGCCCCGGUAAAGCUUUAUGGAUUCAGCCAUGCAAUUCGACUAGAUGAACAAAUAUCCCUGACGCAACAUCAAAAGCGAGUAGACGGUAACGGUAUGAAUGGUUGCCACUUUAGUGCCCCUGAGGUUCUGCGAGGUCUAGGUUAUGGUAAACCUAGCGACAUAUGGUCGUGCGGUGUUCUUCUCUAUACGCUGCUUUGUGGAUCACUUCCCUUCAAUGGAACGGGUGACAGGCUCGAAGAACUCAUCUGUCGCACUAAAUAUGUGAUGUCAGGUCCUAUAUGGGAUGCAGUAAGCAGUUCAGCAAAGGAUCUUGUUUCUAAAAUGCUCGUGCACAAUCCCCUUGACCGGUAUACGGCCGUGCAGUUAUUGGAACAUCCGUGGAUCCGACAAAGAGACACCCAUGCACCUUCAGAGCAUCUACACGCUACUGUAGAGCAGCUAUACCGAUUCAACACCUGCCGUAAGCUUAAAGGUCUGGUCCUAUCGGCGGUCUCUUCUGAGAAAUGGCUGACGCUUUCGCUCUGUGUAUCUUCUCCGAUCAAUGAUAAUAACAACGACGUGGACUUAGAGCAAACGACAGCAAACCAUCGCUUAGAGGAAUUUUUGAGUAAUCGUGCGGUGUCGGUGAUAAUUGAAUCGCUCGAUGAUUUGGAAUGUCUCAGUGAUCCGAAUUACGAUCCGGUGAUGCUGGAUAACCUUUUUACAGAGCAACGAUUUAUCAGUCUACUACAGCUCUACGACAAGAUCCAUCAACAAUGUCUUCUACCACCUCGUGACCUGCCUGACGAAGACGCUUCUCUCAUCGCUCAGGAGAUCGCAGAAUGGAUCGAAGAGACCCCGUUGGGUUUAACUCCGGAAAUGGAAGAACUCCACAGCAUCCUCUCCAAGCCGUACCUCAGAUCACUGCUCCAAGCACAUGACGUUGUUGCGCACGAGAUCUUCGGCGACGGCGCGGUUCCGUUAACACCUCCGCCCCAAACGGCAACGCUGACAACGACACUAUCGUCUUCGACUGGCGGAUGCCUUGGUGGCUUAGGAGGGACACUCGAAGGCGCCUUACCCAUAGCAUUUGGUAGCGGAAUUGGCCUUGGCGCAAUCAGUGGAAUAGGUGGAGUUGGCGGAACGCCGUUGCAAAUGAACGGGGGCAUCGGGAUGAGUCCACUGGGAGCUGUCGCUGGACGCAGCGAUGUGCGCCGAUUGCAGAGCUCGGGCACAACGUCGCCCGAGGGUUUGCUUGACGACAACGACCCCACAAACAUCACCACUGGUCAACAACAAAAUCAACAACAACAACACAUUACCCGCAUACGCCUCGUUCAAUUCCAGAAAAACACCGAUGAGCCUAUGGGAAUCACACUGAAGGUUGACGAGGAGGGACGCUGUAUCGUGGCUCGCAUCAUGCAUGGAGGAAUGAUUCAUAAACAAGCGACUUUGCACGUGGGCGACGAAAUCAUUGAAAUCAAUGGAAUCAGCGUGGCCAACCAGACCGUCGAAAGCCUUCAACGAUUGCUACGUGACGCGCGGGGCAGCGUGACGUUCAAAAUCGUGCCGACAUUUCGAAGUGUGCCCCCACUAGCAACAUCGGGCCUCCCACAGACCGAGCAAUAUCACCAUCAUCAUCAUCAUCAACAGCAUCAAAAUUUCAACCAUCUUGCAUCAUCUGCUAUGUACAUAAAAUGCAUGUUUAAUUACGAUCCGAUUGACGACGAGCUCAUCCCAUGCACUCAAGCGGGGAUUUCGUUUCGUAUAGGUCAAAUACUACAGGUAAUAAAUAAAGAGGAUGCAAACUGGUGGCAGGUGCGUAAAUGUUCACCUGAGGGUCCCUCCGGACUCGUUCCAUCGCCCGAACUUCAAGAAUGGCGUCUAACACAAACAGCGCUGGAGAAUGCCAAGAACGACAAGUACGGUCAUCACCGCGACUCGACGAAUUGCUCAAUCUUUCGAAAACGUAAAAAGGAAAAAGAAAAGCAGCUUGCUGCCAAACGCGCUCUUGCGGACGAUAUGGACUUGUCAUGCUAUGAAGAAGUGAUGAAAGUUCCCGCUUUUCGCCGUAACACCCUUGUGCUACUCGGGGCCCAUGGGGUGGGACGGAGACACAUUAAGAACACGUUGAUUGGAGGCAAUCCUGAACGAUACGCAUAUCCAAUCCCACAUACGACGCGACCACAGCGAAGGGGCGAGGAAAACGGGCAUCAUUAUUUUUUUGUGCAUCAAGAUGAAAUGUUAAGAGAUAUUGCUACCAAUCAAUACCUCGAAUACGGCGGCCACGAAGGUGCCAUGUACGGAACAAAACUCGACACGAUCCGAAGGAUAAUCAACAGCGGUAAAAUGGCUAUACUGGAUGUAGAGCCUCAGGCAUUGAAGAUGCUUCGAUGUGCCGAGUUCACGCCGUUUGUCGUCUUUAUCGCCGCUCCACCGCUUGGCACGCUUCAUGAUGUGGACGGUAGUUUAGAACGCUUGAAUCGCGAAUCUACCCAGCUAGCAAACACGUUCGGUCGAUGGUUUGACUUAACGAUAGUCAACUCAGACAUAGGGGACACUAUCCAUCAACUGAGAGAAGCUGCAGAACUAAUACAUCUACAGGAGCAAUGGGUACCGGUAACAUGGGUUUACCGAUAACGGUGACAUGAAGACUUUUACCAGCA